AUGAGGAAGAAGACCAUUGCUAAAAGACCUCCUCGUGAAAAAGUGUACAAGCUUCCCUCAAAACCUUCCACUCGCUCCCAAGACCAGACCUUUACUCCAUCUCCUUCUCUUCCUACCUCUCCUCCUCGCACUGCUCCCAUGGCGCGAACCAAGACCACUCCAAGGUACCCUGCUCCUACCAAACCGACGCCACCACCAAAGACCACACCUUCCAAACCUGGCUCCUCAAAACCUGGUUCUGCAAAGCCUAGCUCUUCCAAAGGCAAACGUCCGGCGACUGAAGAACCCAUUCCCGAACCAACUCAACCCAAAUCCAGGUCGGUUCCAGUGCGCUCACAAAGAGGUAACCCUCAUCGCCCUCUCAAAUCUGUUAGAGAACCAGACAUUGAUCCUUUUGCUCACAAAUCAUACUACAUGGCAUCUCACUCAGACUUUAACCCCAUCGUUUCAAAUCUGCCAUGA